AUGUCAGUAACAUCAUCUUCAUCAUCCCAAGUUUAUGACACUAUCAUUGAAUGUAUCUCCGAAGCUCAAUCAAACUCCAUUGAAGCUCAAGAAAAGGCUCUUCAAACCCUAGCUUCCAUCACCAAAGUAAAUCCCAAAAAUAGAAACUUCCUAGCUCAAAUUGAUGGUGCAAUCACAACCCUAGCCACACUCACAAACUCUCCCUCUCCCAUAAUCCAAACCCUCUCUUUGUUAACCCUCUUCAACCUUUCUCUUAACCCUAAUCUCAAACCCUCCCUCGCAGACAUGCAAACAAUUCAUCAUCUUAACUCACGUAUCACGUCGUCAUCAUCAUCUUCUCCUCCUGAUUCAUGUAAACUCGCCUCGAGUUUGAUAUGUAGCUUGGCCAUGCAUGACAAGAACAAGGCCAAGUUCGGAGUCGCCGGAACGGUUCAGUUGCUGGUGAAAGCCAUUAAAGACUCUCCACGUGAUUUUCACCACCACCUGUUGAGUUCGUUAGCGGAGCUUGUUCAGUUCCACGGAAACUGCACCGUAGCGGUUAGAUCUGGUGCAGUUCCCGCGCUUCUUGGUGUUGUGAAAGAAACCAGUGACGAAGACUUAGCUUCCACUUCUCUUGUGAUUCUUGGUCUUCUUGCGAGGUUCGAGGAAGGGUUGAAUGGUUUGAAGAAAAGUAAGGAGAUUGUGAGUGAUAUGUUGUUUGUUUUGAAAGGAAGGAGUAUGUUGAGUAAAGAGGGUGCGGUUGAUAUUCUGCUUCGGCUCUUGGAUGACGAUUGCGAAGGAUUUGUGAGCGAGGUUAUGUUGUUGCCGGAAUUCGCCAUGGCUGUGGCGGAUCUUUCUGUGAGGGGAUCAGCGAGAGUUCGAGGUAAGGCUGAUUUGGUGAUGAAGAAGAUGGCUGAGGUGACCUUAAUCUCCGAUGUGGAACAAUGGAUCUAA